UACUACUAAUGACUUGUUUCAAACCUCAAAUGUUUUAAACUCGGGAGAAUAUGUACUUGUAUCCGAAAUUCUUUGACUUGACGGAAGGAAACACGAGCAUUUGCAUUUCACUGGUUGAGAAAUACUGACGCACAAUAACUUUGAUCUUACAUUUCAAGUAAUACAAAUUUAAAUUUGAGUGAAACAUAAUGCACAGAUCUUAGAAUUGAAACGUUUCAGUAAAUCGACGGUCUAAAUAUUAAGAGUGCAGUGAUCAACAAAAGUUCUCUAAAUUGUGCCAUUUUCCACUUCCGGGUGCAGGAUGUAUAGAAUAACCAAAUUGAUUGUACAAGUGCCAAAUUGUUCUGUGACCCGAAAUGCCCGUUAUUGUGUUGUUAUUGUGUAAUAAAUAUAUCGAGUCUAUGACAAAUAUGAUUCCGAAUAAAUACAUAUAUACCUUUCUUGGUUCUUCGUUAUCAGUAUGUAAAAUUAUUGCAUAGUACACUGUGAAAAAUCCUUAUAUGUACGUAUUCAAGAUUUAAACGGCUGCAAGAAUGUUGUAAAGUUGUCGUUAUUUCGAGGUCGGUCAUGUCACAGAUUUCCUUUAUCUGUAAAUGCAUACAUAUGCAACUAUGCUAAAUAAAAUAAGUGCUACUAAAACUUCUUCUGAGCUGACAUACCAAACCUGAUAUUAAAUGAGCAUAUUUGUGUAAACCUAACCGAAAUCUCAUAAAAUUUGUCCUAAUGGGAAUUCAACAACAGGGUUUUUGUGCUUGGGGAAUUUUAAGCCUCGAUUCUGAUUCAGAAAAUAGUGGGCCUGUUAUUUACAUUAUCAUAGCGUGGCAUUUAUAAUAAUGCAGAAAAUAAAACAACUUCAACUGGCUACAUUCCAACUCCUAAUUUGGAUAGCAAGCUGUGAUAAUUUUUCAUCCUCUAAGAAACUUCGAGAAAUAAUUAGCCUGACGAAUAACCUUGCACAACUACCAUGCCCGGUUGGAUCUUUUGAUGAUAUCGCCAUGAUUUUGUGGUUCAAGGACUCUUCCGGUUUACCAAUCUACAGUUAUGACGCUCGAUUGGACAAAGAGCCGCGACACCUGCCUGUGCAAAAUGAUUGGGGCCUUCGCCUAUAUUUCCGAGUGUUUAAUUUGAGACGCUCUCCUGCCUUGAUAAUAAAAGAUAUUCAGCCAAGCGAUGGAGGGGUGUACCGAUGCCGUGUGGAUUAUCGGAGUGCUCCGACCAGUAACUAUUUCAUGUUGUUGAAAGUCAUUCAACCACCUUCUCAUCUGGAAAUCUUGGACAUUUCCACUUCCCGUCCUAUUGCAGAUCAAAGAAUCUCAUCAUCUACAAGUCACAACUCGGACAUAACGUAUAUGGGGCCUUACCUGGAAGGUCAAAAUGUGACAUUGAGGUGUAAUGCUUAUGGAGGAAAGCCAUUGCCUGAAGUAAAAUGGUUCAAAAACGGAGUGAUGAUUGACUCAACGUAUGAAUUCGUCGGAAGCAAUUAUGCCGUGAAUGAGUUACGCAUAAGUAAUUUGGGGAGUUCACAUUCUGCCGACUUGCUAACAUGCCAAGCUUCAAACAAUAAUGAAAGCCGAGCACUUUCUCACAACGUCAACUUGGAUGUUUACCUCGGAGUUAAGGAGGUCGAUCUGGAAGUCCCAGACGAGAUGACAGCAGGGAACGAGUACCUAAUACGGUGCAAAUCAGUAGGCGCUUAUCCUGAAAUAAAAAUAGAGUUCUGGAAAAUGCAGAAACGCUUGGGACCAACUUAUCAAGCUAGAUCUGAGGCAGACAAUGUGACAACUCACAACUUUCUCUUCAAGCCGGAAAUUCUCGAUGACGAGGAAACGAUAUCCUGUAGGGCAGAAAAUCCAAGGCUUAACGAAAAGCCGAUGGUGGCAAGAAAAACCAUGCGGAUAAAAUACACUCCAGUUGCCAUUUUGCGGUUUGGCCAAAAUAAAACCAAUGAAUUCACCGAAGGGGAAACUUGCUUGAUGGAAUGCCAUGUACGAAGCUCUCCUCCAAUAUUCUCGCUAAGUUGGUUCCACGGGAAAAACGAAUUGGUGAACGAUGAAACCACUGGGAUUCGCCUUACCGGAAUGACCUUAAUUCUGACAUAUCUGAAGACAAAUUCCGGGGGAAAAUAUUUUUGCCAAGCCUCAAACGUCAUUGGGAAGGGAAGGAGUAAUCCACUCACAAUUGAGCUUAACAUUGCUCCAAAGUGCGUCUCAGCCGAAGUCAUGAGCAUUCCGCUGGCCAUUGGAGAAUCUCACAAGCUGAGUUGCAACAUUUUGGCCUGGCCACCAGAUUUGAAUUUCUAUUGGACCUUAUCUAAUAGAUCUAAUGAUACCGUUCCAAUUCUGCCAAUGGUUGUGGGGAAUCAUACCCAAGGCGCUAUUGAGGUCAUCCCUUUAGAGGACUUUGAUGAGUACAUUUUUCCAAUUACGAGAGCGGAAAGUGAUUCAACGUCGAGAGUGAAAGACUCUGUCAGUGAUAGUGACGUGGCCGUGGAUGGAAACUCACAGGCAAAAAACUUUACUACGGGAUCAUCCUUUCCCGACAAAACUGGGCGUAAUGGAACAGGGUUAAGCUUGACAGACACUGAAAAAUCAGAGGGCGGAUCGGACGGAAAUCCGACAAAAGCGUCGACCUCCAACCACUACCACCACCACCACCGUGGGCAAGCCACCGAUAACUACCUGAGGAUGUGGAGAAAGUCAGAGGAGGUACAAGAGAAGGAAUUAAAGUUGUUGGAUGAAAAAGAAGACGGUUUGAAAGGCCGACCUGAUGUACUAAUCCAUUCCCGUGGUGGCAAGUCUGGUCCUGCUUCCCGUGGCGGUGUUGGUGGCGGCGGUGGUGGUGGUGAGAGUUUGUAUGGAAUAUGGAAACCCCCAGAGGACAACCUAGAUAACAUUCAUCACGAAGCCAUCCUCUCGUAUACAAUCAAGCAUAUUGGCGACUAUGGGCUUGUGAAAUGUUGGGCGAGAAAUUCCUUCGGGAAACAACUUUCUCCAUGCUCCUUCCACAUUAUUCCAUCAAGGACGGAGGCAAAUCAAGAUGAAGCGGAGGGUGAUAGGAGAGGAAACGAGAGCUUGACAAGGACUUUCCAAACAGGACGCGAUGUGAAGCCGAUGCUGGACCAGCCGAGAGAAAGUGGAAUUCUAGUCCCUACCAAAUUGCCAAUGACAUCCGGCAUUACCCUGACGGUAUUAUUGAUAUUUAUUGUCGGCCUCUCCCUCUUAGCUCUCAUGCUUGCAAAAAGGAGAAGACAACUGCGGCGUAUCAUAAGGACCAACAAAAAACAAGAACAAGCAGAGCAUGGGCCACCUUAUUCCUCUCCUUCCUCCUCCUCCUCCUCCCCCACCACCACUUUCUCUGCGAAAAACCCACCACCCACCCCACUCCACUCACUAUCAGUUAGAUCAUCCGCCAUUGAAAAAUGUGCAUCCACCAGUUUUCUCCACAGCCAUGAGGCUGAAGAGCACCCAAUAUGUACAAUUGGCAAGGACUUGAGUUUGAAUAAUUUUUACGCACUCAAGGAUGAUGGUUGUAGCAGUGUUGAUGGUGCCUCGUACUACGACCUUACCUCGGAAGCUACGACUUUUACUGUAAUUUCUAACCAGAAUAACUUUCCACCUCCGCCGACAUCCAUUAUUUCAACGACGGCGAGUACAAGUCACGGAUACGGAAGUAUUGAGGAAGAUGAAGAUGAGGAGGUUGUCCGACGCCACAACGCAUUCUAAACCUCAGGAAAACCCUCCUCCUUCCUUUCAACGAAAAUGUGUUACCAUCUCUACAAAUGGAAAAUCAACAUUUUCUUGAAAACAGGUACACGGUGAACUCUUACUUUUUGGGUUCUUUAUCGGCUAUACUUGUGGAGACACCUUAAUAGGCCGAACUAAGGAUAAGUGUGCGGGUGAAUCUACGCGAGUUCCUGUCGUUGUUUUAAAUGAAGUUUUUUUUCCUUUUUCAUACUUUUGCAUUGGUUUUUGUACAAGGGAAGGAUUGGAGAUUGGAGAAGGAGAGUGGGCUCACAUGAUCAUGAUGGGGACUGAGAAGAAACAUGUAAUUUAACCGUUGUUUUAUGGUUGAUACGAGUAGUGUAGGAUGUCUUCCGUAUGUAUAUGGCAGUCGUUUGGUCCUGCUGAUGGGCUACAGGCGUAUGGAAGGUAUAUGGUGGGCGAAGAGUUGUGGGGGUGUGGGUGUAUUGACAGCAAUGGAGACAAAGUGUGCUUGUCUCCUUGUGGCCUGUCGUAAAAUAAAAAUUACCUUUAAGAAAAACUAUAGACGACAAGGCUGAAGGGCAAGAACUGUUUCAUUUUUUAAGAAAUAAAAGGAUCUCCAAAUUCUUGGCAUUUUAUUGCUUGUCUGAUGGGCAUGGGAUAAUGUACUUGAUGUCUCCUGUUUCCAGCCUCGUCGUAUUCAUAGAACCCGAGGAGAAAGCUCGAAAGAUGCCGUAAAUCCGGUGUAUGCACAUCUAUGGAAAGUAAACUAACUUGUUUAUUUUAUGCCAAAUUGAUAUUGGAGGGGAAAUAGAAAAUAGUGAGAAAACAAAAAGGAAUUGUCUCCUCGUGCAUGACUGCCUUACAAAUGCAUACAUAUGUUCAUACAGAUGUGGUGACUCAUAUCUUCAUCCGCGCCAUGAACUAUUUAGAAAGUAAGAAUAAAACUCCUGUUGCCGUCAAUCUUGUUACAAAAAGUUAAGUGACUAGUACAUCACGAAACCCACAUAUUUAUACUACGUCAAGCGAAUAUUUGCAUUUUGCAUGUAGAUGACUUAAUGUGCAUAUCUGCAUAAGAUUUCAAGGCAAGAUUCCAAAUUAAGUUUUCUAUCAUUUCUUUAUGAUGUAAUUGUAUCUACGUCUGCAAAAUUCCAGAAAUUUUCAUUUUAUAAAUAGUGUAUCCCAAUGCGUAUGACUUGAGCUUGUUAUUGAGCUGUUUUUGCAUACAAAUUUUAUUCUAAUCAAUAUAAUUCAAAAAUCACUAUUGUUAAUAAAUAAUAGCGUAACGUGUUAAGUAUACAAUGUACAAAAAAUAAUAGAAAUACUCACUGUUGAUACUCUACUGAGAGAGAAUAUUAAUGCCAAUGUACAUUUUUGUUAAUUGUUGCAAUUUUUACAAUGAUGUAAAGUUUGAAUUAAAUUGAAACAACAUUAAAUAUGUUUCCCUUAAUUACAAGAA